CUCUGUUGCUGGGCCAAGCUUGUCAUGUAGCUAGCUAGUAUUGUCAUAGGCACCAAGCGCCCACUUAUUUUGCCACAACGAUAUUUUUUAAUAAAUCGUCAAGUUUGCUACGUUAGUUGGAUAAAAGACUGGGGAAAACAGCAGAAGCGUGAGAUGAAAUGACAACGUCAACAUUACAGAAAGCGAUUGAUCUGGUCACGAAAGCCACAGAGGAAGACAAGGCAAAGAACUAUGAAGAGGCCUUGCGCCUGUACCAGCAUGCAGUGGAGUACUUUCUGCAUGCUAUCAAAUAUGAGGCUCACAGUGACAAAGCGAAAGAGAGCAUCCGAGCCAAAUGUAUGCAGUACCUGGACCGAGCUGAGAAGCUAAAGGACUACCUGAAGAAUAAAGAAAAACAGGGCAAGAAACCAGUGAAGGAGGCACAGAGCAAUGACAAGAGUGACAGUGACAGUGAGGGUGAGAAUCCCGAGAAGAAGAAACUCCAGGAGCAUCUGAUGGGUGCUAUUGUGAUGGAGAAGCCCAAUGUGAGGUGGAGUGACGUGGCGGGAUUGGAAGGAGCCAAGGAGGCCCUCAAGGAAGCAGUCAUCCUCCCCAUCAAAUUCCCCCAUCUCUUCACUGGCAAGCGGACACCAUGGAGAGGGAUCCUGCUGUUCGGGCCUCCAGGGACGGGCAAGUCCUACCUGGCCAAGGCGGUGGCCACCGAGGCCAACAACUCCACUUUCUUCUCCGUCUCCUCCUCUGACCUGAUGUCCAAGUGGCUGGGAGAGAGUGAGAAGCUCGUUAAAAACCUCUUCGACCUGGCUCGCCAGCACAAGCCCUCUAUCAUCUUCAUAGACGAGGUGGACUCUCUGUGCGGCUCACGCAAUGAGAACGAGAGUGAGGCAGCGCGGCGCAUCAAGACCGAAUUCCUAGUCCAGAUGCAGGGGGUGGGAAAUAACAAUGAUGGGGUCCUUGUCUUGGGGGCCACUAACAUCCCUUGGGUAUUGGAUGCAGCCAUUCGCAGGAGGUUUGAGAAGCGGAUCUACAUCCCGCUGCCCGAGGAGCCGGCGCGCUCGGCCAUGUUCCGCCUGCACCUGGGCAACACGCCGCACAGCCUGAGCGACGCCGACCUGCGACAGCUGGCGCGCAAGACCGACGGCUACUCGGGCGCCGACAUCAGCGUCAUCGUGCGCGACGCACUCAUGCAGCCCGUGCGGAAGGUCCAGUCGGCCACGCACUUCAAGAAGGUAAGAGGCCCAUCCCGCUCAAACAGCUCAAUGAUGGUGGACGACCUGCUGACUCCCUGCUCCCCUGGUGACCCCGCUGCCAUAGAAUUGACCUGGAUGGACGUGCCUAGCGACAAGCUUCUAGAACCCAUUGUGUGCAUGUCUGAUAUGCUGCGGUCUCUGGCCACCACUCGUCCCACGGUGAACACUGAGGACCUGCUGAAGGUGAAGAAGUUCACAGACGACUUUGGACAGGAGGGCUGAGAGGGCUCGAGAGAGUUGUGGUGGCGUAUCUAUCCCAGCUUCGGACACCAACCUUAUUAUCCGGCAUCCCUAGUACCAUCCCCCUCCCACAACCCAGAUCCUCUCUCAUUCAUACAAUCCCAUCCCAUUCAAACAGUAGCACCUGCAAACUCGACUGACCACCACUGGACUAUCUACUCUAGACUAACCCACCAUGGUGACAAUGAAGGAGUGUUUUACCUUUUCUCUAAUGUGUACCUUUUUUUCUCUCUUUGAUCGCGCAAAGCAUAACAAAAAGAAAAAGGCUGAAGGACUUUUAUCUCUCUGUGCACCACACCAGUGCUGUUUGAUGUUUUCGGGGAAAAAAAAAAAAAGAAUCAUUUCAAAGGACGAACCAAUGGCACGUUGAACAAGAAGCUAAUCAUUUUUAUGUUGAAGGAUUGCUGUGUGGGUACCUGUGCAUUUACUGUAAGAAUGUCCCCGUCUGUAAAUGUUUAUUUUUUAUUGUUGUGUGUGAGAUGUGUGAAUGCGUACCAAGACUGCUAUUGUUUGAUUCGGAGUGUGACCUCCAUCACUCCGGCUCUGUUGCGAUUAUCGAUGCUCACCUUGUGAAGGAGGAAUUGUUGCUCUCUGUUCUAGACCGUAUUACGUUAUUUAUAUUUAUUUAUUUGUUUGCCAUGUAGGACACUAAAAACUGAAGAUGUUUACUGGGCAACUAAAAGAAACAGCAUAAGCUUUUUGUUUAGUCUUCUCCACUAACCUAACGGAGAUAGUAUUGAAAGUUCUGGGGCAGUACCUCACAGUCCCCCACAGUCCCCAGAAGUCUUACAGUAUGGAGGGGUAUAUUGACUGAGUGAUGUUUUUGUUUACCUGACGAAAGGACUGAAUACGCAAAAGGCCUCAGUCACACUGCAGAAGAUGCGCUCGUUUCUUCUAUCUGUCUCUGUCUAGAUAGUUAAUGGUGCAGAUAGUGAUGUCAGCCUUGGUGUCCACAGAGGCAGCCGUCACCUGUCAUGACUACAGACUUUGCCUGAUCUGAUUAAACUGCGAUUCUAAAACAG